AUGGAUAACACUCCGCCCGCAAUCCGAAUCCCCCCCGCAGAAGUGGAGGAUGCCUCAGCCCUCGCCCUGGUUGGAUCGGAUGCCUAUUCCCGUGACCCCGUGACGUUAUGCUUGAUGGGAGAGCAAACGCCCGAAGGAAUUGAGCACCGAACCAAAGAGCUUGCGGAGGGUAUAGCGAAGAAAGACCCAAAGACGCGCUAUAUCAAGGCUGUGCUGGGUGAAGACACGGUUAUCGGCCUGGGCAUAUGGCACUUUUACCUCGACGAGGAAUCGAGUAAAUCGCGGGUUGUCGAUUUGGACCAGAAGGAGUGGGGUCCUGGCGCAAAUGCGGAGGCGUGCAGGAAGUUCUUUGGAAGGAUUUUUAAAAAGAGGGAAAGGAUGUGUGGACAGAGGCAUGUUGUACUUGGUUGUCUCGCGACCAAGAUUGCCCAACAAGGUCUUGGUGCUGGCUCUGCAAUGUUACAAUAUGGCGUUGACAUUGCGGAUGAAGAGAAUAUCCCUGUGUGGCUGGAGGCAAGUCUGGAGGGCCAUAAUUUGUAUAAGAACAAGCUUCUGAACAUACCGAGAAGGACCGGUUCCAUUGCUGUAUAUAUUCAAGCCGAAUAUCACUCAGCUGUAGACUUGAAGUGCAAUGGGCAAGGCCUUGGUCAAAAUCCGUCCUGGACAUUGAACAUUCAGGAAAGGAGUCUCUGGGAGGGUGACGUAGAAUCGAAUCGGCCGUCGCAUUUGAAGUCUAAGUUAACUACACAGAAUGCUCUCAAACUCUUGGAGAUGCGCCGGCGACGCGACCGGCCACCAGCGCUUGCAGCAUCCCCAGUGACGCAGGAUACAGCCAUGCCUGGCAAUAAUAAUAUUCAGAGGGGCGUGCCUAGUCUAGCUGGAAUGUCUGAGUGGUUGCGGAUCUUAGGUCACUCGAUCGACAAUCAGCCAAUAACGGAAGAUAUGUUUGAACGAUAUUUCUUUGAAGUGUGGGAAUGCCUGACAUCUUCCGAGAUAGCGAGGUUGCCACGUUAUCUGCAACUUCUGGCUCUAUUGGCUUUCCACACAUUUGUCAAGGAGAAUGUUGAUGCAGCAAUAUUCGAGACACACCAUGGCGGGGAAUAUGAUGCAACAAAUGUGAUAUCGAAACCUGUUGUAACGGGAAUCACCUCACUUGGCAUGGACCACAUUUCACAGCUGGGACCUACAAUCGAGGAUAUAGCCUGGCAUAAAGCUGGUGUUUUCAAAACCGGCACUCCUGCAUUCUCCAUAUUACAGGAGGAUGGUCUUCGUGCUGUUCUGGAAAAACGUGCCGCAGAGAAAGGGGUCAGCUUGACCUUCGUCUCAGCCAAUGAUGCCCUUCCUGAUGGCAGUAGAGUGCUCAGCAUUCCGGCUCAGCGACUGAACUGCUCUCUUGCCCUUGAGAUAGUGGGAGCUUUUUUGAAGCUCAAGGCACCUGACCACACAAUUGACUUGGGUGACAUAUCUAGUGGUAUUGAGAAUUUCUCAUGGGCUGGGAGAUUCGAGGUGAUAGAAGAUGGACCAUCACGAUGGUUCCUGGAUGGAGCGCACAACAUGAUGAGUCUGGAACAGACGGCGGAAUGGUUCUCAAAUAAUACCAAUGCAACGGGUAGCCCAACCUUUCGUGUUUUAAUCUUCAGCCACUGUUCAGCAGACCGCGACGGUGCGUCUCUUGUAGAGUGUCUGGCACAUUCUAUUUUGAAGCACAAAGCUGCGCCAAAUUGUGUUAUUUUCACAACCUACCAGGAGAGCGAGGGCGAGUCCACAAGAAUAGGCAACACUGGUAUAUUAUCCGAGACAUCUUUUCCUGAACUCAGCGGUUUAUACUCUUCAAUAUGGACGAGUCUUAGCCCCAAAUCUGUAGUUUCAAUUGAGCCUACAAUCGAGCGUGCAAUUAAGCUUGCAAAACAUAUAGGUACCCAACAAGGUGGAAUGGACGUGCUUGUAACCGGGAGCCUAUAUUUGGUUGGAGGGGCUCUUAAUGUUUUACAAAGACAAAUUGGUUCAAGCUAA